UCACAGUGUUGCUGCACCUCCACGGAAGUAGCCACUAAAGAACUGAACUGUUGUGCUCAUGGAAAAAGAGCGAUCGUAAGUGGGUAUCCCUCUGAAGUUUAGCAAUACACAUCCCCAGCUUGAUAGGGAGGUUAUGACACAUUGUCCGUCUGUGUCCCAAAGUGACAGGAGCCAUGAAGCUUCGGCUGCACUUUGUGAUGGACCCCAUGGGCUGGUUCUGCGUCAGUAUGGUGUUCGCCAUCUGGCUCUACAACUCCUUCUUCGUCCCCAAGUUGGUGCUACUGCCCCAUUUCUACGAGGGGAAUAUCCCUUGGGCCUUGGUUGUCAGUUACUACUUAGUAUCAGCCCUCUGUAUGGUUGCGCUUUUUAGAGCUUCUACAGCCGACCCUGGCCGACUACCACCCGACCCCCACAUCCCUCACUCAGAGCGAGAGCAGUGGGAAAUGUGUACCAAGUGCAACAUGAAGAGACCAAAAAGGUCCCACCACUGUAGUCGUUGUGGCCAUUGUGUACGUAGAAUGGACCACCACUGUCCAUGGAUCAAUAAUUGUGUAGGGGAGGACAAUCACUGGCUCUUCUUGCAGCUCUGUUUUUACACACAGGUCCUCAGUUUGUUCACCCUGGCUCUGGACUUCUGCCAGUUCUAUUACUUCCAGCCCUUGACCACAUUGGACCAGGAGGCAUUCAUGGCACGUCAUGAGCUCGCCCUGAUACGAGUGUCUGCGAUCAUGGGUCUGGUGAUGUUCGGAGGCAUGAGCAACCUCUUCUAUACUCAGAUGGCUGGCGUCCUGACAGACACCACCACCAUUGAGAAAAUGGCUCACUUCUCAAAUGAAAUAGGCGGGUCUGGUGGUUGGUCAAAGAAAUCCUGGCAGUGGACUCUGGCCGAGGUGUUUGGCACUACCUGGAAAAUCCUGUGGUUCAUCCCGUUGAGGAGCAGGCAACCACUGACCUUUCCCCACCACUUCCGCAGUCAUGUGUAGAUAAGUGGAGCUCUGUCCCACUUCAGUCCAGACGGUAGGCUGCCAUCUCUGACAGAGAAUACACUGUGCACACUCUCAGCGCCCCCCACCUGCCUUCACCUCUCUGUUUUGUGCCAUCUAAGCUGGUUGGUAGUAUUGGUUGGCCAGUGGAUACCUUUUCGUCUUUUCCUAUAGGAAUCACAUUGAAAGUGCUUGAAAUGGGUCACAAACUUCUGCGACAGUCGAGAGACAUUUUACUAAGUGCAACCUAAUGCCCUCCCUUAUACUUACUAGGGGCUCCAUUGUGCUCUGUUGUCACAUUGAGGGAACCACUUUAAGGGGAAAUUGCUUUUUAAAGGGAACUUUGACCAAGGGAAAUCACAAAGAACUACAAGUUGAUUGUAGGUCCAUGUAGACCUUCAAACGACACAAAAUGCUAACUCUAACUCAGUAGCCAAUAGACAGCCAAUUAAAAAAUAUAUAUAAUUUGUGCCUUCUUCUUGGGACUUAUGGUGCAUUCAUGUGUCAUAAAUCAACAGUGUUUCUGCUGUUGUCUGGUGGGCUGUGGGCUGUUGUUUUCAAGAUAAAAAAUGACAUUUUUAGUCCGUCUCCCAAGUGGUUUGUAUACUUGCCUUUUACAGAAGGCUAUACAAGUAAUUAUUUUGGUUAGAAGUUGGAUAUCAAGUGGUGGGCAAAUUGGUUUGUGGAUUGCUAUAAGAAAGAGUAGUUCCAUGAUUGAACUGCAUUCCAUAAUGAUAUUGUAAAAGAGUUCCUUUGCUUGACUUUUUUAGCCAUAUUUAAAAAAAUAAAAAUAAUUGUUAUGAUGCUCCUAUCAAAACGAAAUGCCACUAUUAACACCUGAUUUGAACAAUGUUAUAAUGUCUUGUACAGAAGGCAAACUUAAAGUUGCCAUGAAACUCAUUAUGUGUCGCAUCUUUGAUAUUUGCUCCAUAAACCUUUUUAUGAAUGGUUUGAAGUAGAAUUUACUCAGCUGGCUAAAUAAAGUUAUAUUAACUUCUAUUAUUAAUAUAUUAUGCACUGAAACACAAGUUUUAGUGUACCACAGAUCAGGGGUGCAACUUCCACUGGGGACGGAGGGGGGGACGGGCAUACCACCCCCCAGACACAUUCUGAAGUUGAAUUUUUGCCCCCCCCCCCAUUUUAUAAUUGGAAUGUGAUACAAAACAAGGCAACGGUGGGCUUUAGGACCGUGCGGAUGCCACCGAGCGGUCGGGUCGGUUGUUUGGAGUGUUUAUCAGACUUGAUUAAAAAAUAUAUAUAUAAUAAUGUCCCCCCCCACUUCUAAAACCCAACGUUGCGCCCAUGCCACAGAUAUAUGGUAGAGACCGGCAAUGAAGGAGACCUUCGCUUGCAACAUGACUGUCUGUCAUGCAUCAUUUUGUCAUAAACUAGCAUGACGUCUAAUAAUAUCUAUAAUGUCAGCCUUAUGACAGUGUUACGCAGGCCUUAUGACUGUUACGCAGGCCUUAUGACUGUUAUGCAGGCCUUAUGACUGUUAUGCAGGCCUUAUGACUGUUCCGCAGGCCUUAUGGCAGUUCCGCAGGCCUUAUGGCAGUUACGCAGGCCUUAUGGCAGUAUUAUGCGGGCCUUAUGACAGGGUUCAAGUAAAGUGUUACCCAAAUAUCUUGCUGUCAAAGUUGGUAGUUGAAUUUCUUAGCCGUCACAACUCAGUUGCACUGUUUGUUUCUGUAGUUCAGUUGGUAGAGCAUGGCACUUGCAAUGCCAGGAUAAUGGGUACAAUUGCCGGGACACCCGUACGUAAAAUGUAUGCAAGCAUGACUGUUAGUCGCUUUGGAUUAGGUGUCUGCUAAAUGGUAUAUAUUUUAUUUAUUAUAUAGUACAAAUAAAUAAAUUAAAAAGUACAAAUUUGUGCACUAUUCACACACUGUACCUUACAAAAUUGGUUGAUAGAUAGCUACUUACGUAUCGAGCUACAGGGCUGUAACAACCAACCAUCACAACAGUGGUAACCAUGUCUUUAUCUCCCACUAAAAUAAAGAUAAAAUAAAAAUACACUUUCAUUACCAUCAAUUAGACAAACAUCACAGAGUCGUUGUUCAUCCAUUUUAAAAACAUUUUUGCUUGUUACUUUUUCAAACCUCCAUACUGCCUAAAGCCAAAUGAUUUAACCUUACCAAUGACUAAGACUAAAAAUGUCACAAUGUCACAAUGAACUGUAUCAACAUUAAUUUCAGGGUAUACCAAAUAGUUGUAUUUAUAUUUAUCUGCUGUUGUACACUUGGUUGUAACAUUGUUCAUAAAUCCUCCUCCUACUACUACUAAAUAUUCACUGAUAUACUGUACCUCUGUAUUUUUUUGUACACAUUCCACUUUAUUUUUCUACUCAAGUUUUAUUUUGUUUUUAUGUACAUGUUUUCACGACUGUUGAGUCGAUUACUUUUGAUAAUUUGAAUGUAUGAUACUAACUUUGAGUUUUCUGAACCUAGUGUGACUUAAUUAACCCUAUCAGACCCGAGACCCCUUAUGUUAUCAGGGCUAAAAGUAGAACACAAAACAAUUUGACAUAAAUAGUUGCAUUCAUAAGAUUCAUUGAUAAAAAGCAAAAAUCUGAUAAAAAUGAAUUUAUAUGAACGAUGUAAGUACAGAAAUUGUUUGCUCACUGGGAAAUGAAUAUCCAACUCGUCAGUGACAACUCUUUGGAGUUUGAUAGCAACUAUGAGCUUGUUACAGUAGUAUAGGCACUAUGUCCUGGGAUUUCCUAUGAUCUUCUAUGUUGAAGAACCCCUUAGCUUCUAACGACUCUUGUGUAGCAUGUGGGCGUCACAGAGCAAAACAUUUUACACGUGCGUGUUCGUAAGAGUUUCGGCUUUUCAUAGGCAGCUUUCAAUAGUUUUUAUAGCUCAAACCAUUCGGACUCAUUUUUGUAAAAAGAACCGGUCCGAGCCCCCUCGGGAUCUGCCCUUGUCUCACAACACAGCUCUAGUCAGCCUCUGUUAAUCACGCAGACUAAUGGUAUCUACGGAUGCAGAAGAAAUAGAUUCAUCCGAUAGUGAAAGCCGGAAGUCUGUCGCUCAAACCCACUAUGUUUUAAAAGGGGCUAGAAGUCCAAAACGCCCCGGUAUUACGGUGGGACUCAUUAGGUGAAUGGAGUCUCAGAACACUGUUUAUGUUAGUAUCUAGACAUCGAUUGAUGUUGAAUUGUUUUCAUGUUAAUUGUGAGGACAGCUGCUUGUCUGUCAUAUUUGUAGUUUCUCUGAUUGUUCCUAAAUGGUAGUGGACACUGAAUUCUUUCUUUUUUAUAACAAUAUUGUCUUCAAUUUUAAUUUCCUGGUUGGUAUUGUGUUGAUUUGUAUGUUUUAUACUUCAUACUUUCUUCAUUAUAUAGGAUGCAUCAUAUAUAGGAUAAGGGGAAUGUUAAUGUUGCAUUAAUGCAAAGUACAUGUUUUUCGUUUACACUUGAAGUAUCUGUCAAUCAUCGCACAUCACCAAUAGGAGUUCUACCAACAACUGUCUUGAACCAUAGAUGUAUUUAAAAACAAUCUUUGUUAAAACUACAUCAACCGUUGCUUACAGAAUCACCAACCUACUUUGGCGUCUAAAAAGGACCUUUUGUGAGGAUCUGUAUCCUCACUAUGUCCCACAGGGCUCAGUGCUGAGUCCCCUGCUGUUCUCCAUGUACAGUGCCUUCAGAAAGUAUCACACCCCUUGACCUUUUCCACAUUUUGUCGUGUUACAAAGUGGGAUUCAAAUUGAUUUAAUUGUCUAUAUUUUUUGUCAACGAUCUACACAAAAUAGUCUGUCAAAGUGGGAAAAAAAUUAUACCAUUUGUAAAAAAUAAAAAUAGAUAUAUAAUAGAAAAUAAAGAUAAAACCGUAAUAUCUUGCUUAGAUAAGUAUUCAACCCCCUGAGUCAAUACAUGUUUGAAUCACCUUUGGCAUUGAUUACAGCUGUGAGUCUUUCUGGGUAAGUCUCUUAGAGCUUUCCACACCUUGAUUCUGCAACAUUUGCCCAUUUUUAUUAUUUUCAAAAUUCUUUAAGCUCUGUCAAAUUAGUUAUUGAUCAUUGCUUGACAACCAUUUUCAGGUCUUGCCAUAGAUUUUCCUGCAGAUUUAAGUCAAAACUGUAACUCAGCCACUCAGGAACAUUCACUGUCUUCUUGGUAAGCAACUCCAGAGUAGAUUUUGGCUUGUGUUUUAGAUUAUUGUCCUGCAAAAAGGUGAAUUCAUUUCCCAGUGUCUGGUGGAAAGCAGACUGAACCAGGUUUUCCUCUAGGAUUUUGCCUGUGCUUAGCUCCAUCCCAUUUAUUUUUUACAUUGAAAAACUUCCCAGUCCUUAACAAUUACAAGCAUACCCAUAACAUGAUGCAGCCACCAUUAUGCUUGAACAUAUGGAUACUGGUUCUCGGUAAUGCGUUGUAUUGGAUUUGCCCCAAACAUAACACUUUGUGUUCAGGACAAAAAGUUAAUUGCUUUGCCAAAUGUUUUGCACUGUUACUUUAGUGCCUUGUUCAAACCAGAUGCAUGUUUUGGAAUAUUUUUCAUUCUGAGCAGGCUUCCUUCUUUUCACUCUGUCAAUUAGAUUAGUAUUGUGGAGUAACUACAAUGUUCUUGAUCCAUCCUCAGUUUUCUCCUAUCACAGCCAUUAAACUCUGUAGCUGUUUUAAUGUCACCAUUGGCCUCUUGGUGAAAUACCUGAGCGGUUUCGUUCAUCUCCAGCAACUGAUUAAGGAAGGACACCUGUAUCUUUGUAGUGACUGGGUGUAUUGAUAUACCAUCCAAAGUGUAAUUAAUAACUUCAUCAUGCUCAAUGUCUGUAUUAUUUUUUUUGUUCUUUUUACCCAUCUACCAAUAGGUGCCCUUCUUUGUGAGGCAUUGGUAAACCUCCCUGGUCUUUGUGGUUGAAUCUGUGUUUGAAAUGUACUGCUUGACUGAGGGACCCUACAGAUAAUUGUAUGUGUGGGCUACAGAGAUGAGGUAGUCAAUUACAUUUUUUUUUAAAUAAUGUUAACCACUUAUUACACACAAUGAGUCCAUGUGUCUUAUGUCCCUUGUUAAGCCCAUUUUUACUCUUGAACUUAUUUAGGCUUGCCAUAACAAAGGGGUUGAAUACUUAUUGACUGAAGACAUUUCAGCUUUUGAUUUUUAAUUCAUUUGUAAAUUAAUUUGUAAACAUUUCAAGAAACAGAAUUCCACUUUGACAUACACUAGUGUGUAGGCCAGUGACACAAAAUCUAAAUCUAAUCCAUUUUUAAAACCAGGCUGUAACACAACAAAAUGUGGAAAAAGUAGGGGGUGUGAAUAGUUUCUGAAGUCAGUGUAGGGGCCAAUUCUGACCCAACUCUCCCCUCUAACUUAAUCACUUGUGAUGGUGUGUUGUCUUAUAGCACUAUGUCAUGUAAUGUACCAGUACUGCUGUAAUCAUUGGACUUCCUACUACUGCACUCCAUUAUGUGCCUUGAUGUUGGGAUUUUGCACUUUUUAUUUUAUUUGGGUAAGGAAAUUGGCAUUAACAUUUGCCAUUGACAUGGAUCUACUUACAAUGUUUUAUUUUGUUGUUUAACCUCCUUAUUAGCAUCAACUUUAAAUAACUUGCUCUAGAUAAGAGUACCUCUUGCUUAAUGACUAAAAUGUAGGAAAAGGAGGAGGAAGGAGAGUCCACGUUAAGUCUAUUGUAGUUUUAAAUCUAAUUGAAUUGCCAUAGAUGAGUCACGCAUGUUCAAAGAUAAAUGUUUACACAUUGUUUGCUGCUCUUUUAUAUUUAAAAAGAAAGCUGUAAUAUUACACGGUUAGAGAUUUCAGCUUGAAGGACCAAAGUUAUGCUGACUCGUACGUUUUGCUAUUUGAUUCUCAUUAGGCCUUUUUUUUGCGGCAACAACUUUUCUUUCUCAGUGUAAUUAGGGAGAAUGCGUGUGUUGUGCAUAUAGCAUUUCUAUAUUCCGGACUGUUGUGUAAUGAAUUUUACUCUAACUGGACAUCAAUACAUAGACUUGGGGAUGUAUUAGAAUUUAUAGAGGCUUGAAGCGUAAUAACCUUUGUCCCCAGGAGGUUGCAAUAAGAUGGAAUUUAAUUUAACUGUAUCUCAAUUACUCUACUCAAUGCUGAUGUCUCCAUACGCAACAUAAUAUAUAUAUAUAUAUAUUUAAAGGAAAUGUCUCGUAGAUGUUGAUGGGCCACCUAUAUGCCAUUACAGUUUUUUAUUGCACUCAUUAAACAUAUACUGAACAAAAAUAUAAAUGCAACAAUUUCAAUGAUUUUACUGAGUUACAGUUCAUAUAAGGAAAUCAGUCAAUUGAAGUUAAUUAAUUAGGCCCUAAUCUAUGGAUUUCACAUGACUGGGCCGGGGCGCAGCCAUGGGUAGGCCUGGGAGGGCAUAGGCCCACCCACUUGGGAGCCAGGCCCAACCAAUCAGAAUGAGUUUUUCCCACAAAAGGGCUUUAUUACAGACAGAAAUACUCCUCAGUUUCAUCAGCUGUCCAGUUGACUGGUCUCAGACAAUCCCGCAGGUGAAGAAGCCGGAUGUUGAUGUACUGGGCUGGCGUGGUUACACAUGAUCUGCGGCUGUGAGGCCGGUUGGACGUACUACCAAAUUCUCUAGAGAAAUUAACAUUCAGUUCUUUGGCAACAGCUCUGGUGGACAUUCCUGCAGUCAGCAUACCAACUGCACGCUCCCUAAAAACUUGAGACAUCUGUGGAUUUGUGUUGUGUGACAAAACUGCACAUUUUAGAGUGGCCUUUUAUUAUCCCAAAAAGUUUUUAAAGAAAUUGUUCAGUUCAGAUAUCAUUUGGGAACAUGUAAGGAGAGAAAUAAUGUGAAGUUAAUGUACAAAUGUAUCUGGGUUAUAAUAUAUACAUUUUAUUUUACCAUAUGUUUUAAUCAUGGGGAAUAUAAAUGCUGCCAAGAGUUAUUAUCAUGUAUUAAAUAAAUGGUGUAACAAAGUUCUGAAA